AAAAUGUACUCGUAUUGAUUUGACAUAGCAAAAAAAGAAUCAAUUUUCAACUAAUCCGAUUUCGUCAACUGAAAUUUAGAAGGUGAAAUGUGGAUUGAUUGAUUGAUCAAUUACCAAAAUCAUAGAAGAGAAAUGGGUUGCAGGCAUUUGUUCUUCGCCGCAGUGAUCACCUUCUCUGCAGCUCUGAUCACCUACAACAUCAUCAUCUCCGCAAAUGCCUCUCUCAACCAAGAAUUCCCUGGCCAAUCAGCCACCAAAUCCUCCGUUGACCCCAUCAUCACAAUGCCCACGAAGAAGACGAGAAGGCGGCUCUUCCACACCGCCGUCACCGCCUCCGACUCCAUCUACAACACGUGGCAGAGCAGAGUCAUGUACUACUGGUUCAAGCAGCAGAAAUUGCGCCACCCUAAUUCCGACAUGGGCGGAUUCACCAGAAUCCUCCACACCGGCAAACCCGAUCGGUUCAUGGACGAGAUUCCCACCUUCGUUGCCAAUCCCCUCCCCGAUGGAAUCGACCAGGGCUACAUUGUCCUAAACAGGCCUUGGGCAUUUGUACAGUGGCUACAACAAGUAAAUAUUGAAGAAGAUUACAUACUUAUGUCGGAGCCGGACCACAUUCUGGUCAAGCCAAUCCCAAACCUGUCCAGAGAUGGCCUUGGAGCUGCCUUCCCUUUCUUCUACAUCGAGCCUAAGAAAUACGAGAAGGUCCUGCGCAAGUUCUUCCCUGAAGAAAGAGGACCAAUUACUAACAUCGAUCCGAUUGGGAAUUCCCCGGUCAUUGUAGGGAAGGAUGCUCUGAAAAAGAUAGCUCCGACUUGGAUGAAUGUCUCCUUGGCUAUGAAGAAAGAUCCUGAAGCUGAUAAAGCUUUCGGAUGGGUCCUUGAGAUGUAUGCAUAUGCUGUUGCAUCUGCUUUUCAUGGUGUGGGCAACAUUUUGUACAAGGAGUUCAUGAUUCAGCCUCCUUGGGAUACAACAAUUGGAAAGUCUUACAUAAUUCACUACACUUACGGAUGCGAUUAUGAUUUAAAGGGUAAGAUGACUUACGGAAAGAUUGGAGAGUGGAGAUUCGACAAGAGAUCAUAUGACAAUGUGUGGCCUCCGAGAAACCUUUCCCUGCCACCACCUGGUGUCCCAGAAAGUGUGGUGACGUUGGUGAAGAUGGUGAAUGAAGCCACUGCAAAUAUUCCGAACUGGGGUUCCUAAGUGUUGCAUGUAUUUGUUGUAUUCAAUAUUCAUCAUCAGGAACGAACACACACGUAGAUUCUCUCUUUUCAUACAUCAACCUUUUUCGACAGGGAAUUAUGCUCCCGCGGCUUGUAAAUCGUUGAUGAGGAUUAAUAUGUUUCUGCUUUACACACAAACGAACAAUGAAAUCCUUUCAAAUGAUCAAAAGUUUGGAUUAUUUGCCAAUAUAUUGUAUGUUUAUGCUA